AUGAAAGUCACAUGGCAAUUCUUUUUCUUGCUACUACUACUACUACUAUUCGAUGACACUUUGGCAAGAGGAGGCGGCGGACGUGGAGGACGCGGACGCGGCAGAGGACAUAGUGGCUCACGUGGAAAUGGUGGAUCCCGAGGGAAGGCGUCGAUGAGAAGUGGAAUUCGGGGCAGUAGUUCGUAUUCGGGAGGUGUACGGUCUGGAGCGUAUGGAUAUAAGACACAGUCCAAAACGUCCUCCUAUUCAAACUUCGGAUCCCAAUCGUUCCGCUCCACACAUUUCUACCAUAACGCGGAUCUUCAAGUUCGACCUGGACACCCAUUUGUCAUCCUUGCAGCGACAAAACCUUUGUUCUAUGACAACCGAAACUACUACUGGAGCUACGGUUUGGCAAAGUCCACUAACAAUGAAACUCACCCUGGUGUCAUUUGUGAAUAUGUGUUUGGAGAAGACGACGGAGAACUGCAGAAUGUAACCUUCAUAAAUGGGACCCAAGUCAGAUCCAUCUUCUUUGGAUGCAAAGGAAAAGUGGACUGCUGUGGAAUGUACUGCUGUCAUGACUUUGGACAGUGGUUUGAGCUACUCUUCGUGUUCGGAUUCAUCGCCCUAAUCAUUCUCAUCGCUUGGUACGCCAAACAACGAGAGAUGGAGGGACCUACGAAAAGUGUAGACCCGGUACCUGUGCGGCAUGUCAAGAGGAAGGCAAAAACGAAGCCGUUACUUCCGAAAUGA